GUAAGGUUGAAUUUGAGGACAUUUUUUAGCAUUUCAAUCCAAUCCGGCAAGUCGAAUUGGCCGUUUACGAACAGGUGCUAGAACUUUUAGCUGAUUAAAGUCCAUUCUUAUCCAAUCAGGCAACUUCUGCUGCUAUACAUUUGUAAGUUUUCUGUCUUUAAUAUUCCAGUAUUUUGUCCUAAAUAUUGAGUAGAACAUGAUUCCAUUCCCAUAUUCCUAAUGAUGGUUACCAAAUUGUCCAAUUAAUUGUUCAAACCUUUGAUCACCGUCCAGAGAAAUUGAACUAGCCACAAAGUUAGCAUCUACAAAGCAAAAUCUAUCCCCUCUCAUCUCAUUCCUUGCCCUCUUCACCUCUAUAAAAAAGCUAGCAAAAUUGCUAUAGACCCUAUAACAAAACUCAAGUGAAAACCCUCCAAAGUCCCAAAAAAAGAUCAAACAGUUCCUAUUCUCAAAAUUUGCAAUCCCGACACAACUAUGGCUAAUUCAUCAGCACUCAACAAACAAGUAACACUGGUAGUUUUCAUGGCCAUGUUGAUCAUGAGUUUCUCCUCUGGAGGGCAAGCACAAAUCCCUUGUAGUACAGUGUCCACUGACCUCUAUCCAUGCCUGAGCUAUAUUAUGAAUGGGGGAACAGUUGAUCCUGCUUGCUGCAGUGGUAUUAAGACUCUCAUCAACUCAGCUAAGACCAAACCUGAUCGGCAAAAUGUCUGUUCUUGUCUGAAGUCUUUUUUGUCAAAUGCAACUGAUGGUCAAAUCAAGAAUGCUGCUGCUAUUCCUGGACUAUGUGGUGUUAAACUUCCGGUCAACAUUACUCGUAAUAUGGACUGCUCAAAGGUGAACUCAAUUUAUUACUGAGCACUUGAUGGCUACACGUUGGUGGGGAUGUCUCGUAUUAAUGUUUUAAUUUGAAUGGUUUUAUGGGUUGUAAUAUUUUCCAAGCGAUUUCCGUUUCUGUCACUUAUGGACAAUUAUAUAUGAAGGAAUGUGUUAUUCCGUGCCUUAUAUAUGUUCCCUAGAACAUAAAUUUGUGAAGCAAUGUCCGAUUUAUUUACUCACUUUUGCUCUCUUAUUCACUCUUGCUUUUUUCUUUUUUUUUUUUUGGUUUUAAAUGUCUGAUUUGCAGCCAUGUUAAUGUGAAAUGAAAGAGUGUAUACCCCAUUUUGGUAGCUUAUGAAAAAUUAAAUAAAAAACUAGUUCUGUUUA